AUGGAUUCACAGAAAAGAAAAUCUACUUUCCCUGAAAGACUGAAUUGCGAUGAAACUGAUGGAACCACAGUGACUAAAAGAAGAUCCAUGUCAUCUGUAGCACCAACUCCAGUUAUCGCACCAACUCAGGAUGUUCAACCCCCCAUCGCACCGGUUGCACAGUCUCCAAUCAUUACUGCCCCACAACCAACUACAGGUAUUGUAAUACCUAGCCCAAUACCAGUUAUUGAUCAGUCCCCAGUCGAUACUUCAAAUAUAGCUCCAACAACACCGUCUCCAAUCAUUGCUCCUGCAGCUCCAGUGGCUCCUUGUCCUAGCAGAGAAAUAGUAUGGGUGGAUGCUGAUGAUAAGAGAGUCAUUCCAGACCAGUCUCUUGAGGUUGUAGUCUUUGGUCUCCCAGUAUCUCAAACUCCCAUGGUACAUCACUUGAAAAAAGUAGAUUUAUCGUAUUAUUCUUGCCCAUCUAUCUAUUCUCCGCAAUAUCCGGUGCAACUGCGCCCAGCACGUGCUCUGGCAGAAUCUUCCAUAUCAACAAAUCAUAUACACAAUGUAGAUGAGAGCGACAUGGACGACCGACAGUUCACCUCAGUAACAGUUCAAUCCAUCAAAUGUAAUCAAAGUAAAGAUCCACACAGAUUGAUGAGCACAUCGAUGAAUAUCGUCAAAAAUACCAAUAUCGGGAAUGAAGUUCGUAUUACAACAGAGGAUUUGGUGCUUCUACAUAAGAGAUUAAUUUUGGACCAGUUUCUAUUCCUGGCUGAAAACAGAAUCAAUGACAGACUAGGGGUACGUGGCGGAAAAUGCGUUACAAAUCUGGAUAUUGGAACUGUGGAGUUUGGAGUGUUGGUGGCACACUUUAACAAGCAUCAAACAGAUACAAACAUGAAGAUGACCAACAAUAAAGUAAAAUACUGCAUUGGACAUCAAGAUGUCCAAACUCCAACUACUACGUUUGAAUUUUCUAGGUAUAAAUCAAAUUCGAAUAUGAAUGAAGAACUCUUUAAGCUACCACCAUUAUACACCGAUGGAUGGCACCAGAGUGUAUUUGCAAGGACAUCUGUUGGAACAAAGAAAGAUAUAAUCAAUUCAAAGAUAGAUUGUGUGUCUUUUGUAUACAAUCAUUAUACUUGGAUGGUCACUUGUAAUUUCAAAUACCGUAAUUGGAAAUGUGAUGCUGCUUGCGUUCGUGGCGCUGAACCACCAAAAAAGACCUUAAUUGUGGAUCAUUUAACUGGUUGA